AUGCAUGGCUUAAUCUUUGAGACAACAUAUACUACUGGCAGGAUCAACCAGCCCGCGGCCGUGGGGAAACGGGAGGGAACCCCCGGCCCCUUUUGCCCCGAGAGGGCGCCUUUCCGACGGUUGGUGCCCCCGACCCCUGCGAACGGCCGGGGGCGCCUGUGUGAUGCCCGGGCCGGGCGCCUCGGGCUUUUUGGCGGCCGGCCUUUCGGAAGCGAAGGGGAAAGGGCAAACCCCAGCCGGCCGGCGGAGCAAGCCGCAGGCACGGCCCAAAAAAGCCACCGCCCCCCCCUGCCCGGGGGUCCGGGUCCCGAGCCUCCCGGAGCCGACCCCUCCUGGGAAAAGGCCCGGCCCAACCCCCUUCUCCCCAGUCCUUCCUCCCCCUCUGUAAACAAAGCGGACCAAAAACGCCCGCGGCGCAGAAACCGACAAGGCAACCCUUUGGGCCCCCGCCCCUUCCUCGCCCUGUCCCCCCUGCCUCUCCGAGCCCGGCACCUGUGGCGGCCCCACGAACCCCCCGCCCAGGGGAACCGAGGGACCCCGCUUUAUCCCGGCCUGUGGGCCCCCGGGCCAAUGGGGCCUUUCCGACCCCUCAAGAGCCCAAUCCCUUGUCCCCCCCCGAAGUUACGGGAUCUUAAACGUUUGCCGACCCUUCCCUUACCUAACAUUGGAAAUCCCUAUUCGAAACCCCCAGAGGCACUGAAACACCUUGGGGAGACCUGCCUGCGGGAUAAGUGUUACGGACUUGCCCCACCCCCCACCGCAAACGUCGGGCGCGCUGGGUAG